AUGGAGUCUCCCAAUUAUAACUUCGAUAUCAUUACCCUCAUAGCUUCACUUCUCUUGCUCUUCUUCGCAGCAGCAGCAGCAAAGAGAUCAUCCUCCACCACCACCACCACUACAAAACCUCCAAAUCUCAAGAACAAGAACCACCACCCACCAGGCCCAUGGACACUCCCUCUUUUAGGCAACGUCCACAACCUCAUCUUCUCCGCCGCCACGCUCCACCGCGACCUCCACAAGCUAUCACUCAAACACGGCCCUCUCUUCCGCCUCAAGUUCGGCCGAAUCACCAUCGUCGUCGUCUCCACCCCCGAGCUCGCCAGAGAAGUGCUCAAAGACAACGACAUAACAUUCGCACAGAGAGCUCCUCUAGUCUUCCCCUCCUUCAUCUUCUACGACUGCUCCAACGUCCUCUUCGCGGCCUACGGGGCCUACUGGCGCCACGUCCGCAAGACCUGCCAGGUGGCGCUCCUGGGAACGAACCGGGUCAGGUCGUACGCCUCGAUCCGGGCCCAGGAGGUCGAGAGUCUGAUCGAGUCGGUUCGGUCGAGUUGUGGUCGGACCGUUAACCUGACCAGGUUGGUGUUCGAGCUGAGCUGCGGGGUGACGUCGAGGGCCGCUUUUGGGAGGAAGUAUGACGUGGAGGGUUUGAUGGCGCUGACGUCGGAUAUUAUGGAGUUGGCGUCGGGGUUGGGAGUGGCUGACAUGUUUUCUUGUAAUGGGGGAAUAAUGUUGAAGAAGAUGACCAAGUUGUGGAGCCCGAAAUUGAAUAGGGUGGUUCGUGGGGCGGAUAGGGACAUGUUGGUUUCUGGGAGCAUGACAUCGUCAGCUACGAUCGGCUGGAUAAUGUCCGAAAUAGUGAGGGAUCCUUCCGUGGUGAAAAGAGUACAGGAUGAAGUGAGACGAGUUUUCGAUACCAGAGGUGAAGAUGUAGAUGAAGAGACUGCGAUUCAAGAUGUUCAUUUCUUAAAAUGUUGUAUCAAGGAGGCCAUGAGGCUCCACCCGCCGGUGGGGUUAAUCGUGAGGGAAAGUCGCGUGAGCUGCAAGAUUUCUGGAUACGACAUAUCGAGCAACACGAUAGUUGGAAUCAACGCUUGGGCGACUUGUCGGGAUCCGAGGUACUGGAGCGAUGCGGAAAGGUUUGUUCCGGAGAGAUUUAAAUUUCUACACGAGAAAAAUGUGAGCUAUGUCGAGACGGACCGCUUCGAGUUCAUCCCGUUUGGAGCGGGGAGGAGGAACUGUCCUGGAGCAUCGUUUGCGAUGGCCAACAUCGAGUUGCCGGUAGCCAAGUUGCUGUACCAUUUCGAUUGGGAGCUUCCCGACGGGAAGAGAAACCAAGAGCUUGACAUGGCUGAGAGCUUUGGUGUGGCUGUUAGAAGGAAAACUGAUCUGGUUUUGGUUCCUAUCACUCACCAUCGUACUUUUACCAAAUGA